AACGACCCUCAGCACACAGCCAAAAUAACACUGGAGUGUCUACGGGACAACUCCGUGAAUGUCCUUGAGUGGCCCAACCAGAGCCCAGACUCGAACCCGAUUGAACAUCUAUUGAUAGAUCAGCUUUAAAGACACUUUAAAUUGUAUUCCAUAAGAAGGUGUUGAAAUAACCUGCACAUGUGGUGUGUCUGUAUUAGAGCUGUUGGGGAAUGAAUACAGCAGUAACUGGACACACAGCACUGCUGUUGCUGCUUUGAAUGUAAGAGUAAGUGUGUAUGUGUGUGUUUUCUCCAGCGCUGUUGGCUGUGUCUCGUCUCAGCACCAGAAACAUCUCUGAGUCCUCCGUCACACUGUCCUGGACUCCAGCAGCCAUGCAGUACGACACCUUCCUCAUCAGCUUCACCAGCACGAAAGAAACGGAUCAGAAAAUAAUCUCCCGGAUCAGUGGAAGACUGAACACAUACAGUCAGGUUGGACUGGCCGCCGGUCAGGAAUACAUGGUCAGUGUUACUGGAGAGAAGGAUGGCAUGAUGGGAAUGGAGAGCACAACAAUGUUCACCACUUUGAUCUCCGGGCCGAAAGACUUGCAUGUUGUGAAGACGAGCACCACAACAGUCGUUUUCCAAUGGGAGAAGGCGCAGGGGGAGAUUGACAGGUACGUCCUCUCCAUUGCACCCAAUCAGACGGAAGGAUCCGUCAGACUCCCGGAGAUGUUCCUGGCGCCGGAGAGGGAUUCGGCCCAGAUCCAGGGCUUGCAACCGGGACGCUUGUAUGACAUCUCAUUGGUGGCGGAGAGAGACGGUGUUCGGAGCCGGCCAGCAACCGUACAGGCCACUCCUGGGAAUGUCUCAGUGCCUGAAACCAGGAUGAGCAUGAGGACGGACAAUGUGCAGGUGGACUUGGAGCCUGGAAACAACAGAGAAAAGAUACCGAGGCUCACAAACACAACACUCAUCCUGCGAAAGCAAGUGCUGAGCGGCCAGCUGACUAAAGGAAAGGUUGAAAACUCAGAAAGAACAUGGAAUACCAGCAGACUCAAACCAGGCGUACCUCUUAGACCAGGGCAAAAAAGACCACUGCCCGUGAGAAGGCAUGGGAUGCUUCCCAAACCCGGCACACAGCCGGAAAUCACAAGAAGACCUUAUCGUCCAGGAGUAAAACAUUUCAAUUCCUCCCAGAUGGGAGUGAAAGGGGUGAUUGUUGGACCUUCUUCAAAUCGGUCAGUAACAGAGAAUGACGACUCAGCUUAUCCUGUGUCCGUUGGCAAACCAUUGAAACUGACAAUGAAAGAGACAAGAUCUCAGACGGGAGACAUCGCAACCAUGUUUAGAAGGGAAUCUGUCCAGACCCCAAGAUCCAGCGUUCACAAACUCACAUCCACUCCACUGCCUUUCACAACCGAAGAGCCGAUAAUCACAACAGAAAAAAAACUGACAGCCUAUAUAAAUGGGACAAAAUGUGUCCGGAAGGUUUUGGUCGGGUACAGGAAGAUACAUGGGAACAUGUCCGAUGGCAAUGUGCUGUCAAAAAACCUGAGCAUUAUAGUUGGCCAUGUAAACGGAAACGAGCUCUUACACAAGCUUCUGAUGGGUGAGUCUAUAGUCAAUGACAUGGACGAGACUAACCCUAACGCGGAGACUUCUGAGGCCAGGAGGAGUGUGAAGGAGCAAGAAGAAGUGCAAGUUGAUGAAGAGGUGGAUGAAAAUAAUCUGAAUGCCACUCCCUAUUCAACGAGACGUCCUGAGACAAUAAUGUCCUUCGCCAGCACAUCUCCUCACGUCUCCACAUCAGCUCAACCUGAGACGGGGAAUCCACAUACGGCAAGAGACCCGCCAACAGCAAGAAGAAACCCUAUCCCGGCUUCUUCACUGUCCGUCCCCAGACUGCCAACUAGGCCAAAACACACACUUUUUAUGUCGCCGUACUCUUCAUCAUCUUUAGAGCUGCAAAAAGAGAAGCGUCCUUCUUGGCCUAGUUCAAUUGCCUCCGGUUUUACAAAAGAAGCCCUUGUAGAGACGAAAGUGUUUCCAGCCACAAGAGAAAUCCAGGAAUCAAGUCCUGAACUCCCGAACACAACUCCAUUACCAGUCAAAUUCCUCUCGAAACAAGACUCUGCAAUAAAAAACACUGGCAUUGAAGCCUCGGAUGUGAUGCCGUUUCGGCAGAAGCCUUUUAGGGGUUCUGAUCCUCGUCGUCCCAAUGUCAAUCCUUUUCAGAACCGCACAAGGCCCGUUCUGGAGCCGCCUCAACACCCUUCUCGAGGACCCAUGAGACGAGCUUUCCUUUCAAAAUCCAUUAUGAGGAACAACAGGACAUUCAGUCCUGUCCGACCUGUGAAACCUGCAUUAACUUCGGCUACAGAGAACAACACUAGUGUAAGGAUGAGACCAAAUGCAGGAAUCAACAGGACCGAUGGGGCCGCCAGCACACAUUCCCAAAUACAACACAUUGGUACCACUCAAGUAGGCCCAAACAUCAGUCCGUAUGGAAAAGGAAACUCCGAUAGAUCUUUUUCCAAUAAUGAGACCCAGGAGUAUGUGUUGAGCGACUCGGACGGCUCGGUCGAGCAUGUGCGGGUCGUCAACGCCUUGUCCACAGCGCUGGACCUGACAUGGCCGGCUCCGGAGCAAAAGUUCAAACACUUCAGAAUUACUCAAACUGAGCUCGGACCAGAAAACAAAGAAAAGGAUGAGAUAGAAAGAGAUGAAGAGGCUGAUGGGCGAAACGGCGAGGAAGAGGGUGAUGAUGGGUUAGCCGAGAGAAACAGUCUGAGCAAAGGCAAAGCUGCAGUCCAUGAACCCAAUGCACGGAGUUCAGAGAUGAAGAAGAGUGUGGGAAACACGAGUACGGUUCUCCCGGGGUCGGCCCGCUCACACCACAUGACCAACCUCAGCCCCCGGACCCGCUACUCUGUGUCCAUCUUUGGGAAGGGACCUGCGUUUCGCUCCAAAACUCACAGCCUCAUCAUUCAUACAGGCCCGGAGCCUCCAUCAGAUCUGGUCUUCAGCGAUGUGACCGACAGCUCCUUCACUGUGUCCUGGGCCAAACCCAAGAGCAAGGUGUCCGGAUUCAAGAUCACACACACUCACGUACAAGAAGGUGAGCCGGUCUCGGUCAGUGUGGACUCGGAGACGCUCCGCCUGGAUCUCGCUCCGGUGUCUCCCGGCUCCUCAUACGAGGUCAGCGUAGCGUCAGUGCUCGGCCAAGACGAGAGCGACCCCAUCACAGACACCGCGACCACCCUGCCGGAUCCUCCAACAGACCUGCGGGUCAUAAACGUCACCGACAGUAAAGCGCUGUUGCUAUGGAGACCCGCUCUGGCAACCGUCGACCAUUACAUCAUUGAGUACAGCUCGGACGCAGCCCCUGGGAUAACCAUGGAAGUGUCCGGAAACGCAGCAGAAGAGCAGCUGCAGUCGCUGAGCUCCUCUACCCGGUACAGCGUGAGCAUCCAGAGCCGUCUGAGAGAUCUGAGCAGCUCCAGGGCCACCGCAAGCUUCAGCACCACAGGUGCCAGUAAAACAGUGGAAGGUCCUCGUGAUCUGAAGGCCAGUCAGGUGACGCCUCGCACUGCACUGUUGUCAUGGAAACCGCCUGUCUCCGCCAUCACUGGUUACAAGCUGAGCUACUUCACAGAUGGCCAGGAGAUCCAGGAAGUGACGGUCGAUCCCACAGUGACAGAGCUGAAGCUGAGCCGGCUGAUCCCGUCCUCCCGAUACACAGCUGUCCUGCGGGCCGAUGGCUCCUCCACACCCGUCUCAACCGACUUCAGCACCGGGAAUCUCCGGUUCCCGUUUCCCGCUGAUUGCUUCCAGGAGCAGCAGAACGGAGCGCAGGAGUCGGGGAUCGUGGAUGUGUUUCCGCAGGGCCGGGAGGGAAAGGCUGUGAUGGUUUACUGUGACAUGGAGACGGACGGAGGUGGCUGGACGGUGUUUCAGCGGAGAAAGGACGGGAAGACGAACUUCUUCCGGAGCUGGCGGGAGUACAGCAGUGGAUUCGGAGCGCUGGAUGGGGAGUUCUGGCUCGGGAACGAGCUGCUUCAUAACUUCACUAAAGCGAGUCCGGUGAGCCUGAGAGUGGACCUGAGAGCCGGAGACGAGGCUGUUUACGCUCGUUACUCCUCGUUCUCUGUCGACAGUGCAAAGAAACACUUUACCAUCAGAGUCUCUGGAUACUCGGGCACAGCCGGUGACGCAAUGUCAUACCACAACACACGCCCGUUCUCCACGCGUGACCGAGACCCGCAGCCCUUCAUCACACGCUGCGCCAUGUCUUACCGGGGCGGCUGGUGGUACAAGAACUGCCACGAGGCGAACCUCAACGGGCUGUACAACACCAGCACCAACCACCAGGGAGUGAUCUGGAUGCAGUGGAAAGGCAAGGAUUUCUCUAUUCCCUUCACUGAGAUGAAGUUCCGGCCCUCUUUAUUCCGGCCCUGAACACUGCAGCAGCAGCAGCAACACACACUCACUCACUCUCUCUCUCUCUCUCUCUCUCUC